UGUUCGUGAUCGUGUCUUGAUGGCUUACGGAAUAUUUACGAUACAACAUUUUAAGUGAAAAAAUAUUUUUUGAUGUUGAUGAUCUAUUUAAACAAUCAAAAAGUGUAAUAAAAGGUGGUUAAUAAUUUAACAAUGUGUUCCAACUGUUGCAUGUGAAAUUAAACCAAUUUUUGAAAGUGAUGUGGUAAAAAUGUGGCGAUAUAUUCUUUUUACGUUACUGCUGACCAGCGCUGAUGGCAGAGAAAAAAAGCACAGGCAUCAUAAACCUGGUCGCGCCCUCCUUGAUCGCCUACGUAGUACGACGCUAAGCGAGGUGAUGUUGUCGAGCGGAGCGGGUUUGUUGCUCCCCGCUCCGCUUGACGCUGCGCCGUACUCUACCAUCGAGGCUAAUGGUACAUGCGGUGAGAUGGGUACAGAAGAAUUUUGCCGGGAGACGCCUGGCAAGCGUGGCAUAGCAUGUGAUGUUUGUGAGGGUCCCGAUGGGCCUGCCUCUAGACGGCAUCCUCCAAUCCUGGCGAUUGAUGGAGACCCUUCUACAUGGUGGCAAAGUCCCUCUAUGGCUGUCGGAGAAGAGUACAAACAUAUUGAGCUAAUCGCCACUUUACCUGAUAAAAUGGAGCUACUACACGUCAUUAUAAAGUCGGGUCCCUCGCCUCGGCCCUUGGCGUGGUCGUUGGAGGUAUCCCAUACUCUAGGUGGAGAUGAUUGGCGUAUGAUUAGAGCCUUUGGAGACAGGGAGCAUUGCAAGCGGCUGUGGGACUUACGACCAGAGCGGAAACGCCGGAAGGCCAGAGCAAAAGGGAAGGAGAAAGUGACAUGUUCUACGCAGUUUGCGAAUCCCAAACCUUUGGAAAAUGGAGAGAUGCACGUAGCAAUUGGUGAAGGCGUGGGUGCCCGUCGCGUGCGUGUGUCGUUUCGCGCUACGCACCCGGAGCCUCAUCAUUACUACACCGUUCGAGAGUUGACCCUGGCCGCUAGAUGUCUCUGCAAUGGACAUGCUACUCACUGCAACGUGGACCGGAAGGGUGCUAAAUGCGACUGUCAGCACGAUACCUGCGGCGGUCAUUGUCAACGUUGCUGUUCCGGAUCAAAAUGGCGUCCUCACGAACCCUGCGAGGCUGCCAGGGAUUGCGCCUGUGGGGAAAGAGGAGAAUGCACGUUCGACGACAACGGAGAUAUACUUUGUGUUAAUUGUACGGAAAAUCGUGCUGGUCCAUUAUGCGACCACUGUUUGGUGGGUUUCUACAACGCCAUACCUGAUGGACCGUGCGUGCCUUGCGACUGCGACCCUGAGGGCUCUGAUGGGUCAUGUAUCUGGGACAGAAACCAUCAACGGGUACUGUGUGCGUGCCACCCUGGAUUCUCUGGACCGAAAUGUGAGUCCUGCGAGGACAUUAACGCAGUUUUUCCUAACUGUGUAAUGGAGAUCACAACCCCAACAUGCAAAUGUGAUCCGAGGGGAAUUGUCGAUGCCGCCCGAGUGUGUGAUGACAUCUGUGAGUGCAAAACCCACGUGAUUGGCGAGCGCUGUGAUGAGUGUGCACCGGGAUUUUUUGGCCUUAGUGCUGAUAUUACAGAGGGCUGUCUCCCGUGUUACUGUUCACACCUUGCCGACUCAUGCCGCAUCGAUCGACGACCCCACCCCUACCCAGACGUGGUAUUGCCUCUGGGUGAGGCCUGGGCGAUCAGCGACGACGAUCUUCAAGAGACCAUGGAACCCUCGCUGGAUGAACAGGGGAAACCUUUCCUCAUCACCUAUGAGGUAGAAGGUUGGGAGUCAUUCUACUGGUUGUCAAACACGUACAGUGGAGAGCGACUGGAAGAUUAUGGGGGUGAGAUCCGAGCGAGUCUGUAUUGGGGCGUAGCGCGAGGCGAUACUGGUGGAAGCCCAACUGUUGGACCAGACUUCAUUCUUAUAUCUCAUGGUGGUAAAAAACUAACAUACAUAAACAGCAGUCACGAGAACGCUGGGCAGCUGGAGUUAGUCGCUUCACUUCGUGAGGGCAGCUGGUACCAGGACAGUGAAGUUGCGACGAGAAGUCAACUGUUGGACGUCCUCAGUGACCUGCGCAGUGUCAUGAUACGAGCACACUUUCAUAACGAUCAGGAUGAGGUAAGAUUAGAAGGCGUCGAAAUCAGAAGUUCCCACAGCGCUAAAGAAGUUUGCGUAUGUCCUAACGGUUACGAGGGUCCACACUGUUCCAAGUGUUCUUGGACACACGUGAAGAUCAAGAGAGCUUCCGGCAGCCAACCUUCCUUUGAGUGCGUGCCUUGCGGGUGCAAUAUGCACGCUGGAUGUAAUACAGUGGAUGGUCCAUGCGGCGAGUGCCAACACAAUACGACAGGGCCACACUGCGAACGAUGUCUGCCUGGACACUACGGAAAUCCUGUUACGGGCGGGUGCAAGCCAUGCGCUUGUCCAUUAUAUGAAGCUAGUAACAACUUCAGUCCAAACUGCGCACUCGCUGGACCUGAUGGGGACGAAUUCGUCUGCACCCAGUGUCCUGAUGGAUAUACAGGAGACCAUUGUGAGAUGUGUGACUCCGGCUACUGGGGCUCACCUACUGAGCCUGGUGGGUCUUGUCUUCCGUGUUCAUGCGGUGGAGGGCCAUGCCAUGCCAGCACUGGUGCUUGCCUCGUAUGCCCACCUCAUACCGAAGGAGAGAGAUGCGACCAAUGUCAGGACGGCUAUUGGUCUGGAGGUGAUGACGGUUCGUGCGUGUCAUGCUCCUGUGGCCGUGGUGCGCUGUCGAGCGCAUGCGACGCGCGUACAGGUCUAUGCGCUUGCGCACCCAAUUGGGCCGGACAAACCUGUGAUACCUGUGCAAAAGGAUAUGGAGAUGUAGAAUCUGGCUGUCCGACCUGUCGUUGUGGAAUAGCAGCUGUCAGUCCUGUGUGUGAGACAGAAAACGGGACCUGUGAAUGUACCGCGGGCGCUCUACCCCCUCACUGCGAUACUUGCCAACUGGAGUACUGGGACCUUACUGCUGACGGCUGUAGAGGAUGCAACUGUUCUAGAGCGGGAUCAGAGAGCAAUGUAUGUGACAUACGAACGGGACAAUGUCGUUGCAAGCCCCACGUUACCGGCAGAGCCUGCGACACUUGUGCGGAAGGUUAUUGGGGCCUAGACCGUGGUGAGUGUCGUCGGUGCGAAUGUGGCGCGGGUGCAUCGGCGUGCGACCCCGUGAGUGGGAUGUGCGCAUGCGCAGCUGGAGUUGGCGGCGCACGCUGCGAUCGAUGCCUAACGGGGUACUACGGGUUCAGUGCAACUGGGUGUCUCCUAUGCCCGCAUUGCUCUGAUGGAAAAGUGUGUUCGCCAGUGACUGGCAGAUGCGUGUGUCCCGGACGUAGUCGCGGGCCAGGUUGUUCCCAAUGCGCCAAGGGGUAUUGGGGUCGAGAACUGGGAUGCAAAUCCUGCUCUUGUGGCCCCGGAGCUGUGUCAGACACAUGCGACAUGAUCUCGGGGUCAUGUGAAUGCCGCGUAGGAUGGACGGGCCGUGCUUGCGACCGUUGUGAGAGAGGCUUCUUUGGCCCGCGAUGUCGGCCUUGCAGAUGCUCCACAGCUGGAACGAGGUGCUCAGAUGUCUGUGAAUGUGAUGACAAUGGACGGUGUCCUUGUAAGGAGAAUGUUGUCGGCGAUAAAUGCGAUAGAUGUUUAGAGGGCACAUUUGGUUUAUCGGAGACAAAUCCAGUGGGUUGCACUGCGUGCUUUUGCUUCGGCCGCGCUGCGAAAUGUACGCAGGCUGAUGUCGUAAGAGCCGCUUUACAUGCGGCCGCGCCUUUGCAUCUUACGCUACUCAGGGGAGAUAUUACAAAUAUGGAGCAAGAGUCUUUUCUAGCUGUGCACACCAGAAACCUCGAAGCGACCAUAUCAGUACCCCAGCCGCCAGUGCCUGUAUACGCAGAACUAGGGGAAGUGUUCCUUGGUGACAGAGUAAUGUCGUAUGGAGGAGCUCUUAGGUUUAGAGUUGAAGAAGAAGGGGGAGAACCUUUACCGCAGCCCACGUUGUCCAAAUUUCCUCUCGUCAGCUUACAUGGAGGGUCCUUGGUGUUGGACUAUUAUGAGCGUCUACCAGCAAUAAACGGCUCGUAUGCAGUAUAUUUGCACGAAUCCCUAUGGGAGGUGCGCGGUCGCAACGCAGUUGCAUCACGAGGCGCCCUAAUGUUGGUGCUGCAAGACUUGCAACACGUCUUCAUACGCGUUUCUACUAGAAUGCCUAACUAUCGGGAACCUCUACAUAUAUUGUUACUGAAUGUAUCCCUAGAAACAGCAGUAGCCGGCUUAUCUCGAGGUGCUCCAGCUCCUGGUGUGGAAAUGUGUGAGUGCGGCACGGGAUUUAGUUCUGGAUCGUGUCAUAAACCCGCUGCUGGCUUUUGGUUACCACCCACCCCUCCGCGACUGAGACAGACUGCAGGAACGAUAUUAAUACAUUUGGAGAAUACUCCAAAACCUUGUGAUUGUAAUCAUCGAGCGAAAAUAUGUCAUCCCACCACAGGGGCCUGUAUGAAUUGUACGGACAACACAUCCGGAAGACAUUGUGAAAAUUGUGCUGAUGGGUACUUCGGUAUUCCUGAUGGACCUGGAGGAUGUCAACCAUGCCCCUGCCCAGCACCUAAUAGGAACAGAGCGAUAUCUUGUUCCCCAGGGCAUAACAGACUACAUUGCUAUUGUAGGCCAGGCUACACCGGUAUCGCAUGUGAAUCGUGCGCAGCGGGCUGGGUCCGAAACGCACUCGGGGAUUGCGAGCCUUGCACUUGUGAUACUCGUGGUGCACUCACACAAACAUGCGACGCACACGCGCGCUGUCACUGUCGCACUCAUGUAGUGGGAGAUAAGUGUGACAGGUGCGACCUGACUCGGCAUUAUUUGGAUGAAGGAGGAUGUAGACCGUGCAAUAACUGCACACAAACACUCCUUGACACCGUCGAAGCAAUGACUUCAGGCCUUCACAAACGGGCUGACAUAACAGAACUGACUAAAAUACCACAACCAUUCCCUGCUCUUCGAGAAUUUCAACAGCGUACAUCCUAUUUACAUAAUCAACUGCGCCAUUUAAAAACUGACAUUGAGAAAUCCCGUAUAAUUUCAAGUACUAUGAACGAUUUGGAAGAAACGGAGCAUAGGCUCUUCACCUCAGCGCAUUAUUUAAAAACAGAAGCAGCUAGACGAGCAAAAGAAGCUCAAUAUCUGAGUUUAGAGGGUAUGAGUGGAUUGGAGGAAGUAUUGAAACAAAGGAGAUUGCUGGGGGAACAAGUCGCAACUUUGGAUGAUUUCGCUCGUGGAGAGAAACAUUUGAGCGCGCAUCGAGCUUUGAAGGAAGCGAGGCGGCUUUUGAAGGCUAUUAAGGAAAUCCAACUGGUGGAUUAUUUGGCUGGAGCAACUGACGUGUCUGAUUCUGCAAAUCUGCAGUCAACUUCAGUUCACGAGUACUCAUAUAGAAUAGAAGACGUAUAUCGUCGUGUGCACAAAAUGCAGGCAGCUCUUGAUCAAUGGGAAAACAAAAUGGAUGACAUUGUAAAACUAUCUCAAGUCGUCUGGAAUUCGGGAGAUGUGGUUACUGAUUUAAGAAAAAGAGUCGCUCCUAGUCUUGUGAGGUUAAGGAAUAUGGGUCUGCAAUGUCGAAUCAUGCUUGAGGAAAUCGCAAAACAACCUAUGAAAAAUCUCACUGAGGAAGCCAAAGAAGCCAUUACGCAGAGUAAAAAAUAUAUUAACCGUCUUCCGCAAAUGGUUGACGAGUUGCAAAGUCUAAAAUCCGCUGCUGAAGAAAAGGAGGGCAUUUUGUAUAACCUCACUCCGGUUUACAGAAAAAGAUAUCUGGAUGAAGUAGUAAGACAUGCCGCGAAGCUGAGUGAAAAGGCUGAGGAGUAUAAAAAUUUGUUUGCUGGUACCCGCGCCGCCGCGUCGUUAGGCGUACAAGCCGCAGGUGCCUGGUCAGCAGUGAGCAGCGCAGUCAAAGACGCCGGUGCUGCUGCUGAUAAUGCCACCGCUGCUACGGCAGAAGCAAUUCACCUUGCCAGAGGACAAGAGCCCUUGAUCAAGACCGCUAAUGGGCAUUGGGCGGCUUCAGAGGAACUUAAGAAUCGUGGAACAGCUAUUUUGGCCAGAGCCGAUGAACUCGAUCAUGGUGUGGAGAGUGCAGCCCGCAGUAUAGACUCCAUCAGUGUUGGAUUACGUGCGUUAGGCUGGAUGGAACGGUCCCUGGCUGCCGGGGCUUCUACAGCUUCUUCAGGACUCGACGGCACUGACAAUGGCGCACUGAUCUCGCUUAAAAGCGCUGGAGAACAAGCUGAACGAGUGUUCGCUGUCUCCAGGGCCCUGUACGACGAAGCAGCUGAGAUUAGACGGCGUGUGAGAUACAACUUGCGCAGAAAACUUGCAGCGCUGCAGCGGCUGGGAGAUACAGCGCUUGGUGCGGCAGAGGAACAUGUAUCUCAAAUCCGUGGAAAUACGCUUCGAGGUGCGGAAGUAUCUGAGGCGUUAGCGGCGGCGGCAGCUGCUCGAGCUAGAGAGCACUCCACAGCGGCCGCGUCGCUUGAACCAGCGCUACGUUCGCUUCGGGAACGCGUCGAGCGGGCCAGACAUGCCGCAGGCACUAUCACUGUGUCAGUUCGUUCACCUCUUGCGGGCGUGGGUUGCGCUCGCGCAUAUAGUAUGUGGAAUGCACCCAGUGUCACCAGACUUUCUCUCGCGGUUAGCUUCGACGGCGAGGUUAAGGAUGGGACUUUGAUUUUCUUAAAGGACCAGGAAGCCUCGGAGCGAUAUAUGCGUUUAUCUGUGGUAAACAACAGAUUACGUCUGAGUUGGAAUGUGGGUGGGGACGAAGGUCUCAUUGUACACCCAGAGCCAUUGCAGUCCACCCUCGACGAUGCUGAUCACACCGCGUAUAAUGUUGAUAUUGAAAGGGUAUGGAGUACGGUUCGUCUACGCGUCGAACGGUCAGGCAGCGCUGCCGUCACAUCCAGUAACAGUACAUCCAGUGUUGCAAGUUCAGGGCUUCUGCGGACUUCUCUAGUGUGGCUCGGAGAGACAGUUGCACCUUUACCGGGAUGUGUGCACGCUCUGAAAGAUGAUAGUGGUGCGAUAGGACUGUGGGCGUUUAAUAAACAACCCCCAAAUGCUAACUGUAUUGGCUGUACACAUAGACGUAUUAGCCAAUCUCGUGGCUCAAGCGGUUGGGUCCAGUUCAGUGGAUCAGGGUAUGCAGAAGUACGGAGGUCCGGACUUCGACCUGCCGAUCGUCGACGCUUCACCAUCGCCUUCACUUUUCGCACUAAGGACCAUAACGCUCUUCUAUUUUUGGCCCUCGAUACUGUUAAUAAUCGGUCAGUGAGCGUAUGGCUGCGAUCAUGUCGCGUUGUGUUCGCAGUGCAGUACGAAGGUUCGCUGCUGGAGAUAUCUUCCAGCAGCUCCCACUGCGAUGGCUCGGGCGCUCACGUGCAGGCCACGAGAGUCUUCAAUGGUCUGGAAAGAGGCAGCCUGCGCGUAAACGGCGAAGAGACUUUGGGCUCGCCUUCCCCCCCAGUACAAAGUGCUGCUCUUCUGCCUGAUCUGCAGCAGGCCGUUUACUGGCUCGGAGGAACGCCCCCUGGUGACCAUCCAGGGGAGAGACCACCACCCCUGAUGGGCUGCAUUGGAGCGUUGACAGUUGACAGAGAAGGUUACGACUUGUUAGACACGCCCACAAGACAUGGAGUGGAACCCGGAUGUUCGCCUAAGAGCCAUCGAUCUGCCAUCUUCGAAGGUGAAGGUUACAUAGAAAUGCCGUCGCCGGCUGUCAGAAGAAAGUCCUCCCUUGGAGUAUCUUUCAGAAGCCGCUCACCGUCAGGUCUCCUGGUGUACCGUGCACCUGCUGCUGGUUCUAACGAAGUUGACGAUGAAGACGAUGGUGACGAUGGACACUAUCUGGUGAUGGCUCUUGUUAAAGGUGAACUAGAGGUGAUAGCAGCGGCGGGCAAAGGAGAGCUGCGCCUGCGCAUCAAUGAAACGAAGCUGGAUGACGGACGAUUGCAUAGCAUCAGACUGAUACGAGCACAUAAACAGCUGGAAGUGUGGAUAGACGAGAAGGCAGUGGGUAAUGGAGCCCUAGCCGGCGGAGGUUUCGCCCCUCGUCCUCGGGGAUUAUUCUUGGGUGGUGCUCCGCCUUCGCAACGAUCUAGUGUACUGUUACCGGCCAACUUUUUUGUUGGUACCAUCACGGAUUUCAUUGUGGACUCUACGUUACUGGGACUAGAAGACGGUGUGAGUUGGGGUGAAGUAAGAGUAGGUCGGGCAGACACUGACGCUCGUAUUGACCCACCCGCUGAACCGCAGGCAGACUCUUCUACUUUGUGUACUAAGAUGGGAUCAUACACGGUGGAGGCAGGUGCAGUGAAAUUUGGAGACUCAGUCGGCAGCUAUGCGUCGCUUAAGCUUCCGCGGCAAGGGGCAAAGGCUGAAUUCUCCAUCACACUUCAAAUACGGACAUUUGCUACUGAAGGCAUCUUGUUCUUGAUACCCGGAUCAAAACAAAAAGCAAAGCACUAUACGGCUCUUUUGAUGCAUGAGGGUAAAAUGCGUCUGAUAGUUCGAGGAAGGAAAAGAAAAGAAAUCUCUCUGGCUACAACUCUCGCUGAUGGCACAUGGAGAUCUGUGACUGUACGUAUAUCUCGCAACCGACUAGUACUAUCAAGUGGCGGCGCGGCUGCCACAUCCCGUGCGCCGGCGCAUUCUCGCGCCAACCGGAUAUACGUGGGAGGCCUCCCUGUAGGGCAUUCGCUUCCUAAUAUACCUAAUUCGGUGCUACGUGAGGGCAAUUUCCGCGGUUGUAUCCGUCGCGUGUCUGUGUGUGGUCGCGCUGAAGAUCUGGUGCGAGAUGCGCGUUCGCACGCCGCAGUCGGACAGUGCUUCCCUAGUGUUGAACGGGGAGCCUAUUUUGCAGGGGACGCCUACGCCGUGUGGUCAAACAAAUGGUGGACAGACGAAACAGAAGUAAUAGAGGUUAGGCUCCAGUUCCGGUCAUUCGCUGCCAACGGAGUUAUCAUCUCUGGAAGUGGAGCCACGUUGGAAAUUAAAAACGGAAUGGUGGUAUUAAGUGGCGGCGGCGCUCGCGCCGAAUGGCACGGGUCGGGCAACAGCGGUGUGACCUGCGACGGCGCGUGGCAUUCCGUGGUCGCACGCAUCUCUGCGCAGGCGCUUUCCUUGUCACUAGAUGGCGCUGGAGAGGAGAGGGCGUCUACGCCUACGCUCUUUAACGUCGACACUCCUACGACAUCCCCGCUCUAUAUAGGAGGGUUACCCGAGAGCUCUGUGGACGCGUCCGAGAAUCGGGAAAACUUUAAGGGUUGUAUUCGCGAGGUUUCAGUGGGCGGGGUCAAGCGGGAAUGGCCCGAUAUGCUGACACUGCAUCAUGUUUUACUCGACUCUUGUCCCACCUCGUAGUUCUGAAAACCGAUGUUGA